AUGGAUGAUCAAGAAUUGGAAUAUGAACAAUUGGAACGGUAUGAUGAACCAGACGACGAAACCGAUUCUGUAUAUCAGGUUAGUUGAUCUUUUAAAUAGUUUAUAAGGUUGGUUGGGCUAAAAAUAUUACAACGUUCGUUUUUCUGUCUGUAUUUUAUUAGAAAACGAGCCGAGGAUAGGGUUUACAAAAUUUAAAAUUUUACGCGAACUUUUUUCUGUUUGAAAACUGUUGGCCAUUCAUAAGAAAUUCAAGACCAGGCUGGUCCGAUUUCGAAAAAUUGGAAAUGUGUCUCGUUACUCGAAAUUGAAAUCUGGAUAUUUGCUUUUUUUGAAAGCUCACAAUCAUCUUUUUUUAAAGUCGAAUACAGUUUUUGAUUGAAAACCAUAUCAAUUUCUAAAGUGGUGUGUUUCAUGAAGAUUUUCUGUUCACUCUUCCUGUGAUUUUCGAAUUUUUCCUUCGUUGUAUAUAAGUUUUUUCUGUCAUUCUCAAUAUCGAGCUUAUCUCAUACCGAAAUUGGAAGCCUUUCUGUUAAGCUCUUCGAUAUUUUUCUCAAAUAUGAAAUAAUGUUGAUGUUUGGUUAACUAGUUUGAUAUAAUUCAAGAUAAAUGCACUUUAAAUAUUCCCUUGAUCCAAAUAUUUUUCAUGAUUUUUUCCUCAAUUUCCACCUACUCAACCUUGUGUUUUUCAUUACCUUUCUUUUUUCAUCUUCUUUUUUCUUUUCCCCAUGACAACCUAAUAAUUGGUACAAGAUUUUGCGCAAAGAAGAGUAUAUAUGUGUGCGGUUAUUAUCCACCUCUUCCAUUUUUUACCACCACAACCUAUAUAAUUAGAAAAUAGAUGGGGAGAAAAAAAUAAAUAGAGAGAAAAUGAAGAAAAGAUGGAGAAAAAGAAGAGGUGGUAAUUGAACAGUCCGUCGUCCCUUUUGUGAAAAUUGAAUAGAAAUGAGUGUGGUAUACACAGAAGAAGAAGGAAAAAAGGAAGAAGAAGAAGGCUGCGCACACAGUCAGACCGACAGAAAACACAACACAACACUGCAUUUUGUCGUCUGUUCGUCAUUGUUAUGUUCCCUUCGAUGUCCUUGUGGCUCUAUUCAUUUCUACCAUCAAAAAUACAUACAUACAUACAUCUAUAUUUUAUUUGUCUAACCAACACGCAAACUUUUCUCUUUGCUUUCUUUACACCUUUCCGAUGGCCGUCAAUUCAUUGCAAAUUAUAUCUACUCACUAAUUAUCCAAUGUAUUGUUUUGCUUUUCUUCUUCUUUUCAUCGAAGCUAUUCGAUAUUUCGUAUUUACUGUAUUUUGCUACUGAAUUGUCGAGAAGUUCGGAUUCGUCAGGUGAAAAACAUCCUAUAAUGGAUUUUUCGUUAGGUUCAUAGGUUCAACGAGUAUUUAGCAAUCUAGGUUUCGAAUUCACUAAUCUUGCAAAAUUCGAUCCGAGGUUUGGAUUAUCGGUUCUGACUUUUACGUUGAUUGAAUUAGAUCAAGAUGACGGAAUUUCUACUAGACAUCGGACGAUCUUAGAUUACUUGAAAAUUAUUUUUCAUCGGACCUCUUCAAAAGUCGAGAAAUUCUAAUUCGGACCACUUCGGGAAAUUUCCUGAUUCAGAAUUUUAAUAGCUUUAAUCGCGAAAACUUCUGUCUUCAAUUUUUUCAAAUCGAAAUUCAUGUUCCAUCCAUUUUUUUCUCUCGAAAACCUAUUUCAAACCAACAAUUCGGUCUAAAAUAAUGUUCAGUUUUAUGGCUCAUUUCUAGGAAAUGUUAUAAAUUUUCUGUUGAGAACGAAAAGAAAAAUAUUAUUAACCCCAUAAAAAAUAUAAACAAUUUUCCCCCCGAGAGCUGCUUGUUACUUUUGUCGUUUUCUUUGUAUGUGGUGUGUGGCUGGCACUAAAAUCAAUUAAAUAAUAAACAGUAUUCAAAUUCCCACGAAAAUUUUGCAAUUUUUUUAUUUCUUUCGUUAGUUAUUGCAAAAUCGAUUUGUUCGCCUUCAAAAAUGGUCACAAUUAUUAUUAUAAAUAUAUAAUAUAAAUAUAAUAAUGAUUGUGAUGGUUUUCAUAUAUUUAUGAAUAUAUAUAUAUUUAUAUGAUUCAACAAAUACAUACACACAUAUAUUCAUAUAAAAAUGUAUACAUUCAAACUAACAAAACGAAACAAAUAAUAAAUAAUUGUAAUAGUUUUGUUGAGUUAAUUGGUUAGUGUUCAGUUAACCUGAACGAGCCAACCAACAACCACUCAACAAAAUUUGUAUAUAUCUAAAUAUACUCUGUUUUUUCUUUCUUUCUAAAAAUGGUAGUUUUUGAUGGUAAUUGUGACAAGGUCGUCGUCGUUCGAGGGUUUUUUCAUCUCUAAAUACUUCAUUAAUCCUUACGCUCACCUUUCUUUUUCUUUUCGUUUUUUAUUGAGAAAAAGAUUUUCAAUAGAACUUUGAUUCUAUAGAACAAAAGACUGUGGUUUCAUUUUCAAUGUUAGUUCUGACCGAAAUAGCUUAUCUUUGUAUUCAAUCACUACGUUUUCUGUCAUAGAAUCAACUCUUCUUGCUUAUUUCGCUGAAAAAUUGGAUUUUCAUCUCGCGCCUUCGAAGCCUCUCUCGCCAACAACAACAACAACACACAUCUCCUCGUAAAAAUGUUAAUUUAAAAGCGAGAGACGAGAGACAUGUAGCUCUUUUUUGUGAUCCUUCUCCUCUUCUUGGUUUUUUUCGCGGCCCGUCGCUCUCGGCUUCUUUCCUUCGUUGAGCGCACGCGCAUAAAGGGCGGAGCUUAGGCGACAGCAAGCGCCGCCCAUUUAUUUUUUUUUGCGGCCUGUGGUUUCUCCUUCUCUUUUUCUUUCUUCUGUUUGUGGUUGCUGAUGCUGUCUUUUCUUCUUCUUCUUCUUGGCUUCCUGAAGGGCCCCUUUAUGGAUUAUUAUUAUUAUAUUUUAUGGUGAUGAUGAUUCUCAUAUUGCCUUGUAAACGGUAAAACGGUCUCGCCGCCUGACACUUUCGUCUCAACCUCGUAGUGUCGAUGCGAAGACGCAGGUGAGCAAAGUUUCAGGUGUGCAAGACCUGCGCCUGAAUUUAUGAACGGUGAGUUUCUCCUUUUUCGAUAUUGGAAAUUCAUCAGAAUCUAGAGAAUUUCAGAAUUUUCUUUGGCACUUUUGAUUCAGAUUCAGAUUCCAAUUCAUAUUUUUUUUACAAGAAUUUCCCCAAAAGAAAUUUUCGAGCCAGAAGAUUUUUUGUCAGAAAACUUCUCGCAACUUCAACUAAAAACCUGGAAUCUCUCGAAUUUCUACCAAAAUUCUGAAUCUAUUUAGAUGAAUCACCUAAAUGUUCCGGAAAUUGACGUUUUUUGUUGUGUUUAAAAAUGUGUAUGGCUUUUUUUCAAAAUCUGCGCAUUCUGUGCCCGUUCUCUAUUUUUUCCUGCAUUUCGAGCCAGUUCUUCUUUUUCUUCUUCGUUUUUCCUUUUUCUUCUUCUACCCACACAUACAUACAUACAUAUAUACAACAUAUAUGGACACAUACUCUUUUUCACUGACUGAGGCAAAAAAAAGGAGCGUCGCGCUGGCAGCAACAGAAGUAGCAGUAGCAGCAGCAACCACACCACUCUCCAAUUAUAUAUUGAUGAUGAUGAUGAUGUGUAUGUAACAUGUAACAUAUAGAUAGAAGGAAGAUAUUUGUGAAUGGAUGAAACCAAAUAUUAAAUUUUGAAGAACAAAAACGUUUUUUUCUUCUCCACAAAAUUCUUUUUCGAUCGACCAACAGAUGUUAUGAUUGUUUCGAAUGUUUGCAGUUUGAACAGAUGUGCAACAAACUUUCACGCGUUUUUUUCUAUGGCAAGGAAUGGAAAGGGCAAAGACAUGUGGAAUUUACAGUUUCUGUAAAUUUUGUAGUUGGAAGAAGAGCUCAAGAGGAAAAUUUUCGGCUUGAAGAAAUAAGAUUACAAAAAAUUAGCCCGUCGAAAAAGUUUCGGUUCUAAAUUUGUUCUGCGCACUGCCGUACGAAAAUAUUCUGAAUCAAUGUUUCUGAAUGAUGAUUUCGCCGUGUUGUUCAGUACCAACAGUUUAUUUGUUCAACACACCUUGAUAUUAUCCAAUUCGCUUUUUUUCCUGAAAUUCUUAAAUUCCGAAACAAUUAAAUUCGAUUUCUUUCAUGAAUGCUUCUUCGAUUAAAGCUGGUAUAUCGAAAAUAGUUGUCGCUUUGGUGUCAACUUGCAUCCGAUUCUUUUCGGUGAUGAUUCUCCCGAUUUUGGAAACCACUCGCUGCUACCAGAAAACAAGUGGGACCCUAUUGGUCCGCGCUCGUUCUUCCGCCUACUGUUUCGAGUUUGUUUAGGUAACUUUCCCAUACGGUACCGGGUGAGAUCUCCCCAGACUUCCGCAGGUCUUACAAAGAUAAGAGAACACGAAUUAAGUCAACUACUAAUUUAUGGGAUCAAAUAUAAUUAUAAGAAGUAACGGGACAAUGGGGGAAAGGGGAAAGUAAAAAUAACAAAUUUAAAACAAAGGCGGGAGCCAUGCUCCCAUCCGACCUCGAUGCAUCUCCAGCGCUGCUUUUAUAGUCGUCGCUUCGGGCGGGGCUUUGAGUCGGCUUAUUCUGGAAACAAAACAGUUUUUAAUUGAAUUUUGGAAAGCACUGUGUCUUCCGGUGAGACGCAGAGACAAUACACUAUCAUCUGAUCCUUUUGAUAAUGCACGUCCGUUCUGGAUAUUGGUUUUGGGAAGAUGAACUUUAGCCCCUGGAUGAUUGUUUCAGGUUAUUUACCUUUACAUUGUUCAACACAAAUUGAUAUUAUCCAAUUCGCUUUUUUUUCCUGAAAUUCUUAAAUUCCGAAACAAUAAUUCGAAUUUUUUCCAACUCAUACCACGUUCAGAAUCUGGAACUCCAGGUCGAAAUUUUUCCGCAAGCCAAUUUUCGUAGCGAAAUGUUUCAAAAAUGCCUUUUUUCUGGAAUUUUUUUGCAUGGGAUUUCUGAAGAAGAAAAUCCUCUACUGAACAAUUUUGUGAGAUCAGAAUUGUACUCGAAAAGUCCGAAAAAGGCGAAUGUGCCACGUCAUAACUUUUUUGUACGUUUGCUUAAAGCUCUCAAAAUUCUUAUAGCCUGCGAUCUUUCUUCAGAGAUGAAUUCCGAUUUUUCUCAAUUUUCCGUAUUCAGAAUUCGACUUCGAUAAAAUAAAAAAGCAACUAAUCCAUCUAUCUCCGUCUGUUUUUCUCUGUUUUUUCCUCCAUUUUCCACUCGAAAUAUAUAUGUAUGUAUGUAUAUAUAAAUUCCGUUGUUUUUCUUUUUUUGUUCUUCUUCUCCUAUUCGUUUUUUUCCUCUUCGAAGUGGCAGAAGAGGUGGCAAACAGAGAAUACUAAUGAGAAAGAAGAAGAAGAAAGAAGGGCUCGAAAAAUGAAACAACCAGGAAAAAAUAACACGAAGAAAAGGAUCAUUAGAUUUUUGGUUUUGUGCGCGGCUCCUUGCGAUUGUGCUGCUGCAUUUUGUUCAUUUUGGUUGGUGCUCUCGAUUUGCCGAGCGCCGUCGGCAAAAAAACGAAAUUUGAUAUGAUGUGCUUGAAAAUGGACAAUGUGCUUUUUUUGUGUGAUAUAUUGUUCUUUUUGUUGAAAAAUGAAAAAUAAAACACAAUUUGGAAAAACACAAAUAUAAAUAUUUUUGUUUUUAGUUUGCUUUCAUUUUGUCGAAUAUGAAAAAAGUAAUAAUAUUAAUAACAUGCUUCUCUAUUCUAUUCUUUUUCACCAUAUAAUCAAACUCGAAUAUGAAAUUAAAUAUCCGGCUGCAUUUUUGGUUACUCUGACAACCUGCCUGCCUUUUUUAUUCGCCCACUUCAAAAUAUGGCACAAUAAAUAAUUAUCUUUCCGUUUCGUUAAAAAUUGUAUACACAUACACACAGAGAUAUUUACACCUGCCCAACCAACAAAAAAGUUGGAACAUAAAGGGGUUUACGAUCGGAUUUUGAAGGGAGAUAACAACAAAACAAUGUUUUUUCAGGGAAAUGUUGAAGAUUCGAAAAUUGAGAAGAAGGAGAAGAUUGCAACUGAAAAAGCGUUUGGAAUCAAUCCAACAUCAGGACAACAUUUGAAGGUAAAAUUAUAUAUUCGAAAUUCUGAACAUCGAGCGAGACAAAAAAUUGGAAUAAGAUUUUUCUAAACUGCCACGGCACAGUUCACGUUUAAAAUAUUUUCAGAAAAUCGAAAGUGAUUAUUUUUUCAAAGAAAAUUUAGAAAGCAAACCCGAGAAGGGUUUUUUUUCUAAAAUUUUUCGAAUAAACUCUUUGUGAGACAUUUUUAACCCCUCAAAAAGUCAAACAAAAAUGUUUUUUUUCGUGACCUGAAACUAAUUAAUUAAAUUGACACAAAAUGUCAAUAUUUUGAUCUAACUCAUUACUCAAAAACACGUCCUUUUUCUUCUUUCUCAUCAUCUAAUUCUUCUUUUCUUCAUUUCAAUAUUCAAUUAUUGAAUGCAUUGGAGCAGAAUAAUAAAUUGGUAUAAGAAGAAUAUUUGCAGGUGACAUCAAAAGAAGGAGCUGCUUUGAGAAAAGAACUUGGAGCUGAAAUUGGAAAACAUGUUAUUCGAGCAGCACUUGUUCAUGGGGUUGAUGGAAUGCAUGAUUAUCAAAUUACUAAGUAUAAAAAAUGUUAGAAGUUUUUGAGAAAAAUGAGGAUUUUUCAGAGUUUUCGCAGCAUUUCGCGCAUCAAAUACAACAAAACUCGAUGAAUCUCAAGCAAUUGUUCAAUUUAUUCUACGACAAGAUGUUGCUGCAAUGAUGUUGAAUAUGACGAAAAUGAUGAAAAGAGUUCGUGGAAGAAAAUUGGCAGAUGAAGAUGGAGAAAUAUCAUCGGAUGAUGAAUAUGAAGAAGGUCAAAUUAUGCAUGAAAAAGGAGAUGAUGUGGAAAUUGUUGAUAAUUUGCAAACUAAAGGUUUGUUGGUUUUGGGUCUGUUGAAUUGAAAGCAAAACUGUAUUUUCUGAAAAAAAUCAUUAGAGAAAAAAAUAUUUUCUAAAAAGCAGAAAAUUGUUGUUCCCUGAAAAAUUGGGAUUUGGAAUAAAAUUUCAGAAAAAAUUGAAUUUUGGCAGCAAUUUUGUGAUUUUAUGGAGUGAUUCAGGUCGAAUAAAAAACAUUUUUUAAAAAAAAAUUCGAUUCAGCAAAUGUCAAAAAAACUAUAUUUUUUUUUCUAUUUUUCAACAUUUUCUGACAUUUUUUUUCAUUGAAACAUUUUCGCUGCGAGAUAUCUCUCAUUUUUGUGUGGAAAAAUAGAGUUUUUUGACAUUUGCUGAAUCGAAUUUUUUUGUAAAAAAAUGUUUUUUUAAAGUUUUUUCGACCUGAAUCACCCCAUUACGUUAUUAGAUUAGAAUCUUUUUAUUGAAAAUUGUCAAUAUACUUUUUUUCAAAACCAAUUUUUUGAUUCAGGAAGUAGAAAUUUAAAUCUGAAUUUUUGGAAAAUUUCACUGUUCAAAUCUAUUGCCAGAUUUCUGACCAAAAUUUACGAAAUUUUCCUGAGCGCAUGAUUUAUUUUCAUUUUUUCACUUUGCCCAGGCUUCUUUCGAACACGUUGAAUUGAUCUCGAAUAAUAAUUGAUUUUUGCUUCACAGUUUACACAGCUGAUAUUCAUAGUAUUCUAUUAGCUCAGGUUGAUUUACCAAUUCAAACAAAAAAAAAACGCGACAAAUGAUUUGUAUAUUAAUUUAUACAAUUUAUGAUGUGAAUAUAUAUAUACAAAUAUAUAUUAUUUUGGAUACAUAAUAUUCGAAAAUAAUAUAAACAUUUUUUGUUAUCCAAAACAAUAAUAUUUCGGGCCAAUUUUUCUCAAUUAUUAUUAUUAAAAUAUUAAUCUUCUAAUUUUGUGGGGAUGAAAACAAAUAGUUGUGUUGUUGUUGUCCGUAUAUUGUCUUUGUUGUAUAGUACUUCUGAACAGAACAAAUCCUUUGUUGAAAAUUAGUAGUAAUUGGAUAUGUUUGUUGAGGUGAAAAAAGAGGGCGAAUAUGUAGUGGUGGGGGAAAAAUAUUGGAUGGAUUAAAGGCAAUUUGAUAUUUGACCAUGGGAAUUUUAUUAUUAAGAACGGGAUAUUUAUUAUAAACAACUAAGCUUGUCCAUAACUACAGUAAUCAAAUGUUUGUUUAUAUUCUUUUGGAAGGUGUCAAAAAGGAUGAUAAGAUGAGAAGAUAAACAAAUGAAAACAUAAUAAAAAGACAAAUGAAAUAAGUUUACUCAAAAGAUUAGGAAAGGAGGAAAAUAGGUUUCAAGAAUAAUAGAAAAAUCAUAUGAAAGGGUUUUUUCAGGCGAUGGAAUAAUCAAAAAAGAUAAAGAUUAUGUCACAGUGGAUGUUUCAAAUCGACAGAUUCCUGAUGGAAAAUGGAGAGUUGUUACACAACAUGUUCCAGCUGGAAAAUUCUUGCUUGUAAGAUUUCCAACAAAUGAAGAAUAUGAGGUAAUCCUAUUUAAAAAUAUCCAUAUUUCAACCUUGUUCUUUACAGUUGGCUGGAAUAACUGUUGAUGAUUCGGAAGAACAACAGACUAGAAAACGACAAAUUGCUGAGAGUGAAUUUUGGACACAUGAAACGAAACAUCGCGGAGGAUUGAAUAUGUUUGAUAAAGAUGGAAAUGAAUUGGAUUGGGAUUAUGAGCAUGAUACAAGGUUUUAUGAUGAAAAAGUUGAAGAGGAGAAGAGAAAAUCGGAUGCGCAAUCGAAAUUUGAAUUGCCAAAAGGAAUUAAAGUUCGGGUAUGUUUGACAAAUUUUUGUUAGUCUUUAUUUCAAGAAAAAAAAUAUUCUAGGGACGGGGAGCUGUAAAAUGUGGAUUCCUAUUUGGAUCUUCUUCUUCAAAUUCUGAAUCAACAUUAGCUUCGGAUGAUCAAAGAGAAGUUAAAAGAAAACGACAAAAUUCAGAAGACAAAGAUGUUUAUGAAAAAGACGAUGUUUUAUCGCGAGUCAAAACUACUGGAAUUGAUGAAAGAAUUAGCUUCCGAUAG